CCGGUUUGUUUCUAGCGCCAACGGACCCGGAAACGCUGUUGCGAGACUGACAGUAGCGACGUCCAAUGGCAGAGAUGCUAAGGCGGGCUCUCAAGCCUACGUCCAAUCGGCUCGCGCCUCGGAAGGUAAGGGCGGAAGCGGCCGCCAUGGAGUCUCUGGUGCAGCACCUAGAGCGCUUCUCGGAGGUGCUGGCCGUGUCCUGCGGGACGCAGGUGCGCACGUGGGAUGCAGCGACCGUGCGCAGGGCACUGCAGUGGGCGCGCUAUCUGCUCCACGUGUACCGACGCUUCGCCGGUAGCAGCCGCGCGCGGGAGGCGAUCGAGAGGCGGCUCCGGGCGCCGGGCGGGGCCCUCGGGCUGCGCAGCUUCGCGGCGCUGGAGUCCGGGGACGUGCGGCUCGCCCUCCGCCUGCUGCGGAACCGCGCGCUCGCGCCCGCCGCCGCCCACGCGCUGCCGAGCCUGCUGUUCCCGGGCCCCGCGGCGGACCGGGAGGACGACGUGCCGCAGUCGCGCCUGGCGCUGCUGGCGCGCCGCGGGAGCGCGCUGCACCUGCUGUUCCGCCUCGGCGGGGACGCGCCCAAGGGCGCGCUGCUGCGCACGCACUCCGAGCUGCUGUGCGCGCGCCUGCGCGACCUGGGCGGCGCGGACUCCCCCGCCGCUCGCCAGCUCCUUGGAACGCUGUGGGCGAGCGGGCCUCGAGAGCACGUGCUGUGCGUGGUCGGCGAAGCCCUGCUGCGCGAGACCGGCCUGGAGCCAGCCCAGGCCGCAGACCCUGCGGGCGCGGAUGACACACAGAAACUGCUGCACUGGCUUCUAGACAGCCCCGAGCUCUUGUCUGCUUUCUGCCGCCGGCUGCCCCCUAAGCGCCUCGCCGCCGUGGCGGGCCGUCACCCCAAACUGGCUCGAGCCUACUUGUACCUGCUCACAGUGUGGGCCAGGCGGCUGCACUAUGACCUGCAGACGGGCGCCUGGGUCCCCAUGCACCUGGAGGACGUGCCCUGGGAGGAGCUUUGCCUAAGGCUGCAGAGCUUGUGCCUCGAACAACCACCCCUGCAGGAAGAGGUGUUGGCGACCGUGCGCUCCUUCAAGGCCCUUGAUGGAGAUUUUGAGGUUCCCGGAAUGAGCAUCUGGACAGACCUCUUGCUGGCCCUGCCUGAUGGUGGUUUAGUGUGGGAACAUUCAGGAGGAGGCUCUCAGGUCCCAGGCUGAGCAUCUGGACAGACCUGUCCCACGGAGGGAACGACAAGCAUACCUUUCGCCAAAGCCUCUGCCCUUUAUGCACAAUUUGACUAUACAGCUACAAUUUGACUAUACAGUUUACAAAACGCCUGUGUUCUCACCACCGCCUUGUCCUACAUGUUCCCCAAACCUAAUUAUUUACGUUUUACAAUUUUAAGUGGUUUGUAAUGCAAAUACAAAUAUUUUUUAAAGUGAUGUUUGAGUUUUUUUAGAUACUUGACAUAGUGUUACGUUCUGGUGGUGGAUUACUGCCCAUGUUAGACAGUACUUGGCAUUGAGCUGCAUCCCCACACUCUGAAGUAUCCGUAAAGCCGUGGAGUUUUCAGCUUGUUUCCUAUAAGGCUACUUUGUAAGAAUACUAAAACUACAUGCACCUUAAAAAAAAAAAAAAAAAAAAAAAAGGCAGCCUUAAAUUUUCCAAGGCCACUUUUUAUCCAUAAGAUUUACUUUUCUUAUUUCCUGACACUCUUCACUUCAGUGGUGAAAAGUUUUGUUUAAACAGCAAAUAUUGUAGCAUCACAUGUUAGUUUCAAAGCUGACUGAGCUAGAACUUAAGCUUUAGACUUGCUGUUCUCAACUUGUUUACCAACUUUAAUGUGCAUUAAGGUUGCGUUGUUCCAACAGUUUUGUUCCUCUUUUGUGUGAGUCUCUAUUCCGAAAGUCAAAGUAAUAGCAUAUUAGUCUAAAGCAUCUUGAGUACACACUAAGGAUUUAGAGCUCAGUAAAUGUAUCCCUUUGGGUAUUUGGGUGAUAAAGGAAUCAAACUAGUUAGAGAAUCAAGGCUUCUGCUGUUUAUCAAGUUAGUAGCUCUAACCUUGUGUCAUCAUUAAGGUGUUUAAAUAAUCGAUUCUGGUUUUCCUCGAGGUUGCUACAUGGAGACUAUUUGGAGUGUUUGGUGACUUCGCCGGUAGUAGUGGUGCAGUUCUUUAAUCCCAGCACUUUUGAGUCAGAGGCAGGCAGAUCUCUUGAGUUUGAGGCCAGCCUGGUCUAAAGAGCAAGUUCCAGGACAGCCAGGGCUGCACAAAGAGAAACCUUGUCUCAAAAACCAAAAUCACCCAGCUUUGUCGGCUUUAAUGUUCCAAACUUACUAGGUGAUUUUGUUAGUAAAUAACUUGCAAAAUACUUUGCAGGGAUCAACAUACUUUCUCCAUGUUUGAGAUAUUUCAAAGUAAGAAUUUUUGGUAAAUAUCCAUAAAUCAAAAUUUAAUUUCCAAUUCCAGACAUGGAACUAGAGCAAAAGGAUAUAUAAUGUAAAAUUUUAAUUAUGCCUUAAACCCUGAGUAUAAACAACUGAGAUUAUCCAAAGAGAACAAUACCACAUUUUUAUUUUCCUGUGGUCAGAAUCCUUUUUCUAGCUCUGAUCUGUGUAAACCAUCUUUUAUAUUUACAAUUCAAGUAUUCUGACUUGGAUUGCUUUGUGCAAAUGUAACAGGAGUAACGACUAACACACUCUGCAGUUCUAUUUUGUUGUUUUAGAGUCUCACUCUAACCCUGGUUGGCCCAGAACUCACUGUUGCCCAUGCUAGCCUCAGACUCCUAGAGGAUUCUCCUGCCUCAGCCUCUUAAGUGCUGAGAUUACAGGUGUGAGCCAGUACAUACAGCUAAAUUCUGUAUCUUCCUGUUCCUGUGGUUUUGAAUUUUUAGUCCUGAUGCCUUUCAUUUGUAGCUUAUUUCAUGCUGUUUUACUUUCGGUUGUUGCAGGAGAAACCAAAGUUUUAAAUAGUAAAGUAAAUCUUGAUUUUUUUAGUUUUA